AUGCAAAAGGUGAUAGCUGAAGAUAGUUUUCGAGAUUUAUUUCAGUUUUUGAUUCGGCUAUCAUCAGAUUCCAGCUCACUUAUUGAUUUAGCCAAUGAAAUUGAGCUGAACAAGCCGCCAUUUUAUAUCAAUGAAACCCAACAAAAAUUGAUCAGUGUGACAGCAGAAGACUUAGGAAUUGAUAAGGCCUCUUGUUUUUAUCCUAAAUUUAUUACAUAUAUUGAGGUUUUUGAGAACAGAAACCUGUCUAUAGGAAUUUUCGCUAUGAGCAAAGGAUCAGCCUUUCCGAUUCAUGAUCAUCCACAUAUGAUAGGAAUCACAUACUUGAUCUUUGGCGAAAUUUCCUUAAUAAACAGGGACAUCAUUUCAAUAAACAGUUCUGGAAUUGUGACAACGAGGGUUCUUAAGGAAGAGGUCGCAGUAGGACCUCAAAUUUUUUAUUUAACAGCAAACAGUGGUAAUUUGCAUGAAAUUCACGCGCAUGAAGAUUCUCUUAUACUUGAUAUUUUCCUGCCUAGCUAUUCAGAAGACGAAAGGCCUUGCACUUAUUAUAAAGAAAUCAGACCUAAUCUUCUUAUUCGGUAUAACCCAAAUCUAUUUUUUAGAAAUAUGCAAUAUUUAGGAAAGACUUUUAACUAA